UGUUUCAACGAACCUUAUAUGGACCAAUCCGUCUGGCGACAGCUUCCUUUAUGCCCGUGCUCCUAGCCAUGCUUUAUCCAUGAGCCUCUCCACCAACUCCUGCGCUCCUCCAUGACCAGCACAUUGGAGUCCUCUCUACGAGCCAACGGUGAACUACUGCAUGCCGAUUAAGUCUCCGUUUAGCUUAACCCAAAGGACACAACCCUGAACAUCUUAAAACCUCAUCUCUAAAUACUGUACUCUUAUUCAGUUAUACUGGUUCAGAACAGUAACAAGGGGAAAAAAACGAACUCUUGUUUACAGUGCGCCCCACAUACUUUCUCACGCCAUGUCGUUCAGCAACACAAAGACGGGCUUCUCUGUAAAGGACAUUCUGGAUCUUCCUGACACCAAUGGAGAUUCUGAAACGGAGGAGCCUGAAGAUGAGAACGAGGUGGAAACGACUGAGACUUUGACGCAAAAUCCAUCUUCUGAAAACACUGGAAAUGUGCCCUACAAGAGCCUUUUGUGUGAUGGUGGUGGUAAUCCCUACUCAAGAUGGUUUGCCUCCUCCAGCACCAUCCAAUAUUCAUUGCAUAGUUUGUCAGUUGAUUCUCGAAACGAACCGAAAUAUCCAGAGCUGUCCGCCGACGAAUCCCAAGAUAUCGACAGGGACGCCACAGGUGACAGCAGCGACUCGGGAAAGAAGAGGAAAAGGAGAGUGCUGUUUUCCAAAGCUCAAACCUACGAACUUGAGCGACGAUUCCGACAACAGAGAUAUCUCUCGGCGCCGGAGAGGGAGCGCCUUGCAAAUGCACUACUACUGACACCGACUCAGGUGAAGAUCUGGUUCCAGAAUCACCGGUAUAAAAUGAAGAGAGCACGCGCUGAGAAGGGUAUGGAGAUGGUUAAUCUCGUGUCCCCAAGACGGGUGGCCAUUCCGGUUUUGGUUCGGGAUGGAAAGCCAUGUGACACUAACAAAAGUCAGGAACUCGAGGCCUCAUUCAGUGCUGGAAUACCUCUGUCGGCGUAUAGCGCCUAUUCUCUCCAUCACAUGCAUAUGCGCUCUCACUACAGCCCCGACGCCAUCUCACAGCUGCCCAGUGUGCAUCAUAUGGCGCAAAUGUACCAAUGGACUUGGUAGACGAUGGAUACUCAAAAUAACUUUGAUUCAACAAAAAUACAAUCUGAAGAAAGGGAUUGAAAUUGUAUCGAUAUUAUGAUCUCUAUUUUACCCAUAUCAGAGCUAAUUAUUCUGUGGCCCAUGAGGUCUGGACAAUGUUAGGGUUCUUGAAAUUCCGUUCUUUUUAUAAUGUUUGCCAAAUUAAUGUUAUAAAGGAAUGUUAUUUAUGUUGUAAAGUUCGCAAAAUGCUCAUAUUAUAAAUUAAUUUAUGUUUUUGGGUGGACUGUUGAUUGAUCUUGAAUAUUUAUGGCCGUGAAUAAACCUCUGUCAGUUUGA